AUGUCGUCCUCGCCCAUGUCCCAGUGUAGUGCUCCCCUCAGUGACUCUGAUGCUGAGUCUGAGUCCAUCGUCUUCAGUACCUCCUCGGAGUCCAGCCCGACCAGCCUCCCACAGCGGCUCAAGGACGUCUUCGGAGAUGACGAGCCCAGCGUAGAGGCGCUCUGUUCGGACCCUAGCAGAUAUUGGAAGCGAGUGGUGGUCCUAGCUGGCGCUGGUAUCUCCGUGAGCGCCGGGAUCCCUGACUUUCGCUCGCCCAAUACAGGGAUAUACGCUAACGUGAAGCAAUACACCGACAGUCUGCGAGCUCCCGAGGACCUCUUCUCGAUCCACUACUUUCGGCAUGACCCUUAUCCUUUCUACAGGCUAUGUCAUGAAGCCAAGUUGGGUAGGGGGACGCACGAGCCUACUGCAGCGCACAGGUUCGUAGCAUGGCUUGCCGAGAAGGGAGCUCUAUUACGGUGCUACACUCAGAACAUCGAUAGCCUUGAGAUCGAUGCCGGCGUGCCUGAGGAACUCGUCGUUCAGGCUCAUGGCCAUCUCCGGUCAGCCCGGUGUAUUGAUUGUGGAUGCCCGUAUGGCGGCGACAUGAGCGACUUGUUGAGCUCUGAGGAGCCGGUCCACUGCGCUGCCUGCUGUGGCUUGGUGAAACCAGACGUUGUAUUCUUCGGCGAGAACCUGCCCGAACGGUUCUUCGACUGUGUCCAAGAGGAUCUUUCCCAAGCAACGUUGUUGGUCGUGAUGGGCACCAGCCUGCAGGUCGGGCCAUGCAACCAAAUACCCAUCCUGUUGCCGAGGACCACUCCUAGGCUGCUGGUGAAUCUAACCCCACCUCCUCACGGUAUGUUCCGGUUUGGUCGGGCUGAUAACUACCGGGACGUCUUCAUCGAGAACGACACCGACUCCGCAAGUGUGGAGUUGAGGAAGAUGCUCGAGGAGUCCGGUGGACUGAUGCCGUCCAGGUUGUGA